GGAAGGAAUUCCUGAAGAUUUCGUAGUUUUCCAACACUUGGUAGGCAUUUAGGAAUAACAAUCCCAUGUGUAGGGCUGGAGUUUUCAAGAUCGAAGUAAUUCUUUAGUCAAGUAAUGCAGCAGCCCACCUCGGUUGCACAAGCUAUGCCUUGAGAGAAAGAAGUAACUAGUUGGAGAUUAAUAUUCCCAACUUUUCACAGUUUUGCAUCACAAAGUCAGCCUUGAAGGAGAACUCUUUACUGUCUAGGCCUGUCAUUCCCAACAUUUCACACGUUCCCACACUAGUUUCACUUAAAGUAACACACAUUAUUUAACACAAAACUAUUUAUUACGCAAAAUAAAUUUAUUACUUAGUAUUUGCAACAAAAUUAGAGCAUGACACGACGCGAGCAUAAGGCAGCCACUGCACAGCAGUCGUGCGCCACAUGUGGCCAGAAGAUCGAGUCAUCCACGUCUAAGGAUACUCCACAGCUGGAAUAUGAGAACUAUUGGCAGAUUGAGGCACAGGAGGGCUGGGAAGUGGAGGUCACAUGCAAGAACACUGGCGGAUGUAUAAUUCCACGCACCUCUUGGCCCUACCCAAACCUCAAUCUUGUGGCGGCGCGGCGUCCAAUUUGUAAGUCAAAAUCGACUCCAAAACCGAUGCCAAAACCUCGGGCAACCCGCAAGAUUAUGCCCCCACCCGCGCUGGAGAUGGAUGAACUGCUUCCCGACUCCGAGAAUGUCUUUAGGUUCAUCGUCGACGAGCAGCUGCAGCGCAAGGGCAGCAGACCCAAUUCCGCACACCCCCUCUACUGCUCGUCCUGUAAUACACCACUACGCGAAAAGACCCCUGAAACAGAGGAACCCUCUGCCUUGCCGCAUACACGACGUUCACCGCUGACCCACAAGACGAUUCGCAAGACGCCCAAGAAAAAAAUUGUCAAGCGCAGCUGCGGCAAACCGCGACCACGCCCCGCCUUCAAACGUCAGCCCGUCGCUCGAAAGCCGCGAAAGGUCAUCGAAAAGGCUGCCUACGAGCCGCGUAUCUCUGUGCGGCAUGGGCCAUUCUCGCAAUCCAAGAUGCUGAUCUGUGACAGUCCUCGGGCUGCUUCGUACAAGUCGUUGGUUAUCAGGGAGAUGCGAAAUCUGGGCCGCACACCCAAUCCCCAGUACGAAGGGGGGGCUACACCAGGCUAUCGUUUGGUUUGCAGUCGCCUGCUGUUGAAGGAGAGGGAGGAGGCAGAACGGGCAGCCAAGGAUCAGAAGCAGAAGCAGGAGGAAGAGGCAGCUAAACAGAAGCGAGAGGCAGAAGCAGAAGCUCUCCAGAAGCAGGAGGAAGAUGCCUUCAAAGAUAAACUCCAGAUUUACAAUCAACAGAUGGAAGAGCAGCCACAGCAGCAGCAACAGCAGCAUGAGGAGCACCAUGAGGUGCAGCAUGAGGCGCAGCAUGAGGAGCAGCAGAAUGAGCAUCAAGAAGAUGUCAACAUGGACUCGCAGCCGUACAGCGAACCAGAAGGGGAAGCAAAUGUCUUUGCUACGUGCUCCGAUAAGGCAAUACUUUCUAAAUUUUAGGAAAACAAUGAAUUAAAAUAUACAUGAUACAGAUUAAAUAUACA